AUGUUGGCUAUAUUCAAGAAGAGUUUGGUUAAUCCACCACAGGAGCUGAAUAGCCCAGCCUCAUUGCAAUCAUCAAAAAAGCCUAAGCUUCCUGAAGAGACUUUGAAUGAUUUCUUGUCUUCUCAUCCAAGCAAUGCCUUCUCUAUCGGCUUUGGGGACAAGGCAUUGUUGGCUUAUGCACCACCCGAACGACCAUACCCGAAUCGCAGGUUGUUCUGUGGUUUGGAUGACAUAUACUCCAUCUUCUUGGGGAGUUUGAACAAUCUGUGCACCCUCAACAAGCAGUACGGACUAUCAAAGAAUGACAAUGAGGCUAUAUUUGUCAUUGAAGCAUACAGAACCCUCCGCGACCGAGGCCCGUACCCGGCCCAUCAAGUCCUCAUGGAUCUUGAAGGCAGCUUUGGAUUUGUGCUCUAUGAUACCAAAACUGGAACUGUCUUUGCUGCUCUGGCAAGUUCUCUUCACCAUGUUAAACUGUACAGUAGGGAGUGUCCGUCAUUGAUGGGUGCUGAUGGUGGAGUGAAGCUUUUCUGGGGUAUAGGAGCUGAUGGGUCUGUGGUGAUUUCUGAUAAUGUGGAGAUCAUAAAAGCAAGCUGUGCCAAAUCAUUUGCUCCUUUCCCAACUGGGUGCAUGUAUCAUAGUGAGAGAGGGCUGAUGAGCUUUGAGCAUCCAAUGAACAAGAUGAAGGCAAUGCCUAGAAUUGAUAGUGAGGGGGUCAUGUGUGGGGCCAACUUCAAGGUUGAUGCCUACUCAAGGAUUAGCAGCAUGCCAAGAGUUGGAAGUGAAGCAAACUGGUCUACUUGGGGACAACAGGCUUGA